AUGGCCGCCUGCUCCUUCUUCUUCUUCGACGCCGAGCCGAUCAGCGAGCCCGCCAUGCCCGCGCAGGACGCGUGCGCGCUCUGCACCAAGCAGCUCGCCCGGGACAGCGACGUCUUCAUGUACAGAGGGGACACGCCCUUCUGCAGCGAAGAUUGCCGCCACGAGCAGAUGCGGCUCGACGCCAGGCAAGCGGCCAAGGCGGCCGCCCGGAGGCAGAAGCACUUCUCGUCGGCGACUACGGUGUCCGGGCGUGUGCACCGGGAGUCCCGGGAGGUGCCGGUCGCGAGCUAACCGGCGAAGUUGGGUACCGAACUUGCUCAACGACUGAAGAAUAUGUUUUGAGCCAGAGAGAUCUGCACGCGGGGAGCGGCUUGCUGAUUGAGCAGCGGGACAUCAAGGAAUGAACCUGCCUUGGCUGAAGAAGCAGCCAAACAGAGAUUCAUCAUGCUGCAGAGGAGGGGCUGGAUUGGAUCUGAACAACACAAUCAGAGCAGAAUGAUCACAUCGCACGGUAGAACUUUAGUGUGCGACUCUUUUUGGGGUUCCUGUCGUGUCCUGUUACUUCUGAAUGACAGCCAUUUUGCACCAGAACA